AUGGCGGCUGCUCCCGGGCCGGUUCUGCUGGCCCUGAAGGGCGGAAAGCCCGUGAUGCCAAUUCCGCUCGAUACCGGCAAACCAGGGCCUCUCGUCAUCGGCAGGAGCGACGACUGCGACGUGAUCCUGAACAACCCCGCCGUGUCGCGGCGGCACUGCCAGGUGUCGCUCGACGCGUCGGGGGUGGUGACGCUGUGCCCCCUCGGCAAGGCGCCUGUCCGCGUCAACGGUGUCGAGAUCGCGGGGCCGACGCAGGUGCAGAACGGCGACGUCAUCGCCGUGGACCAGCUCGGCAAGCCGGCCAAGGAGUUCCGCGUCAACCUCGCGAAGCAGUCGCGGAGGAAAGGGAAGGAGAACACGCCCCGGAGGGGGAAGCGGUCUCAGUCGUCGCCGGGGCCGCGCCCGCCCCUCGCUGUCAACGACGCAGGCAAUGCGGGGCCUCUGGCGGCCGCGGAGCCCGACGUGCCGGACUCCCCCGACGCCGGCGGCCCCGCACGCACGACGCCGCUGUCGCGCCGCGUCUCGGGGCCGAUUCUCAAGCCCUCGCCUCCCCCAGUCUCCGGCACAGUGUCGCGCAGCCGCGCCAAGCGCCAGCGCGACGCCUCCCUGGAUCCCCCCCCCGCCUCCGCCCCCCCGGCACCCAGGCCGGCAACGACCGUGCCGUCGCCGGACGACGCGCCGCCGGCCAAGAAGCGCGUCUCCUGGGCGCCGCGGACGUACAUCCACACGAUCCCGAACCGCGCGAACCGCACGUCGCGCGCCCUAGGGGAUGUUGACAUCACUCUGUCACAGGCGAUGCCGCCGCCGAGCCCCGCGGGGAGCCCCGUCGGGAGCCCGAAGGCGCGGGGUGCGGAGGCGAAGGCUACGCCGCGCAAGGGCGCGGCGGGCGCGGCGGCGAAGAAGGAGAAAACACCCCCCAAGUCGGACAAGAAGGCCCCCCCGGCGGCGAAGAGCCCCGCCGCGGCGCGCAGGGGCGCGAAGACGCCGUCUCCGGCGCCGGCGAAGGCGGCGCAGCCGCGGAAGUCGCCGCGCGCGUCGCCCGCGCCGCCGUCGGCGCCGCGCACCGGGGGCAGGGCUCCGCGUCAGACGCCCAACACCUCGGGAGGGGUGUUGCCCCGUGCCGCCGAGAUCGACGCCGCGGACCUCGCGGGGCGCCUGCUCGACCUCGGCGGCACCGUCGACGGCGCCGCGGAGGUCGUCGUCGAGGUGCACGUGCCUGACCCCUCCCAAACAGCGGGGGGGGUCUCGCAGCGCAGCGCGCCGCGCACGACCCCGCGCGGGCGCGCCACGCCGGGCUCCGUGCAGCACAGCUCGCUGGCUGCGCCGGCCACGGGCGGCAGCGUGUCCGUGCGCCUCCCCGCCUCCCUCUUCGGCGGCGGAACAGCGGACGCACAGCGGUCGGCGGCGCGGCCGCGGCGCGGCGCGAGCCCUGGCGCGGUGCCGGCGAAGGUGGCCGCGAAGACGCCGGAGUGGCAGAACAUGGUGAUCAAGGUGCCCGCGUGGGCGGUGGAGCUCGCGCGGAAGCGGCGUGUGGAGGCGCGGGGCCCCGGGGGGGUUCGGACGGGGACCCCCGCGUCGGCGGUGGGGGUCAGCCCGGGGGAGUUCACGGUCCGCGCGGUGACGGUCGGGUCGGCGUCGACGCGCGGCACGCCUGUGGCGGGGAGCUCGGCGAACGGAUCGAUCUCGUUCAACCUCUCCCUCUCGUCGAUCGGCGCGUCCGGGCGGCGCUCCUCGCGGCCCUCUGGCGGGCCCGCCCGCCUGUUCCCCACUCCCCCCCCGGGCGUCCUCGAGGCCUCCGAGGGCACCCCGCAGCUCACCUUCGGGCGGCAGGCGCGCUCCACCGCGCUGCCGUUCUGCGGCCUCACGCCCCCGGGCGCCGGCACGAGCAGCGGCGUCUUCAUGCCCCCGGGGGAGUCCUUCCAGAGGUCCCCCUCCCUGGCGCUGUGUCAGGACCCCCCCGCGGAGCGUCAGGCCCCCGCGCCGGUGCCCGCCGUCGUCGAGCUCCCCGGCGAGGCCUUCCGCUCGCCGGCCCCCGCGCAGGGCCGUCGCAGCAGCCGGUCUCCCCCCAAGCAGCAGGGGGGGGUGUCGCCGGCGUCCCCGCUGCCGCUCGCGGGCGGGAUGGAGCUGACGGUGUCGCCCGGGCUGUUCUCGCGGAGCGGCGAGGCGCUCGUGGGCAUCGCGGCGCCGCAGAACACCCCGGUGCUGGGCCCCAGUGGCGGCGGCGGGUCUGCGGAGGACCAGGGGGGGGAGUUUACUCUGGUACUCCCCCGUGAGCUGUUCGAGCUGGAGCGCGACGAGGACGUGGUGGUGCAGAUCCCCGCGGAGCUCAUCGCGGCGCAGGGAGGAGGCCGCGACGACGGCGACGGCGACGGCGACGGCGGUGAGGAGGAGCCUGUUGUUGACGAUGAGCCCGUGGCGGCUGAGACGUACGGGGCGGACGACAGCGGCAGCGAGAGCGAGGAGGAGGAGGCUGAGCCGGAGGCGGACGCGAUGGAUGUCGACGACGCCGAGGGCGCAGCGCUGUGCGGCGACGGCGGCGGCGCAGGCGCCGGGACGGUGCUGUACAGCGAGGGCACGGUGCGGGCGCUGCGGCGCGUGGCGCGCCGCGAGGCUACGCGCGCGAACGCGGCCGCUCGCACCGCCAAGCGCGCGACCACGCGCCUCGCGAAGGUCGCCCAGAAGUAUGCAACAGCCAAGGCCAUGAUCAAGACGCUGCGCUCGCAGCUGCGGUCCGCGGUAGCAGAGGACGUGGACGAGCCCUCCGAGGACGCGGACGAGCCCUGCGAGGACGCGGCGGCCGUGGUGGAGGCGCCCGCGGCGCCUGUCGCGCCGGAGGUGGACGGCGCAGGAAGGGGGGUUGUUGUGGUGCGGCAGGGGCGGAGGACGAGUGCGGCGGCGCCGAGCGCCGCGGUGCGCACGGGCGCGUGCGUGGUGGUGCGGCAGACGCGGAGCCGCAGCCGGAGUCAGGGCGGGACAGUCGGGACCGCCACGCCGGCGUCCGCGCGGGGGAUGCGCGCGGGCGCGGGCGCGGUCGUGCACGCCAAGGAGCAGCAGCACGCGACGGUCGAGAAGCCCGGGUCGCGCGGCGCGGCCGCCGGCACACCGGCGUCGGUCAGCCGGAACGGGCGCUCGAUGUUCGCGACGCCGGAGCGCGCGGGCGCGGAGGACGGAGCCGCUGGCGAGGAGGCAGUUGCGUCCGCGCGGCCGGCUCUGCGGUCCCGCUCGCCGCCGGCGCGCAGCGCCCGCACCGCGACGCCCAGCGACACGCCUGCGUCGCCUGGCCUCGCGCUGACGCCGCGGAGGUCGGCGUCCAAGUCCGCACGGAGGUUGAGCGCCGCUGCCGAGGACGCCGCGAUGGACGUCGACGGCGCCGAGGGCGCGGAGGGGGGGGUUGCGGCCCUGGCUGACAGCAGCGGCGAUGACGACGUGUGCUUCGUGUGCGAGGCGUCGGAGGACGGCGACGAGCUGCUGCUGUGCGACGGCUGCGAGAAUGCUGCGCACCUGGGGUGUGCGGGCCUCAAGCGCGUGCCCCGCGGGGAGUGGUACUGUCAGCCCUGCAAACAACGGCGCAGGAAGGAAGCUGCUGCGAAGGCGGCGGCGACGCGGAAGGCGCGCGCGGGCGGUGCGAAGAAGUGA